AUGAACCUCUUUAAAUCUAAUGUUCCUCUGAUCUUUGUGUUCCAGCUGCUGGAGGACAACAUGGUGACUUUUGUAAAGAAGGAGCUGAAGAACAUGCAGAAGGUUCUGAGUCCAUAUUACCCAGAAUGCUCAGAGAGUCAGAGGGAGGAUGAAGAUCAGAGGAGCAGCAGAGAGAAGUUUCAGCAGAUCACAGUGAUCUUUCUGAGGAGGAUGAAGCAGGAGAAGCUGGCUGACCGUCUGCAGAGCAAACUUGCUGCUGGAGUUUGUGGACGUGAACAUAAAUGUGGUCUGAAGAAGAAGUUCCAGAGAGUGUUUGAGGGCAUCGCUAAAGCAGGACAGAAGACCCUCCUGAAUGAGAUCUACACAGAGCUGUACAUCACAGAGGGAGGGACUGCAGAGGUCAAUGAUGAACAUGAGGUCAGACAGAUUGAAGCAGCAUCCAGGAAAGCAGACAGAGCAGAAAGAAGCAUCAGACCAGAAGACAUCCUUAAAGACUCACCUGGAAGAGAUGGACCAAUCAGAACAGUGAUGACACAGGGAGUGGCUGGCAUCGGGAAAACAGUGUUAACACAGAAGGUGACUCUGGACUGGGCUGAAGACAAAAGCAACCAGGACAUCCACUUCAUGUUUCCAUUGACUUUCAGAGAGCUGAAUGUGCUGAAAGAGAGAAAGUUCAGCUUGAUGGAACUUGUUCAUCACUUCUUCAGUGAAACCAAAGCAGCAGGAAUGUGCAGCUUUGAACACUUCCAGGUUGUGUUGAUCUUUGACGGUCUGGAUGAGUGUCGCCUUCCUCUGGACUUCCACAAUAAUGAGGUCCUGACUGAUGUUAGAGAGUCCUCCUCAGUGGAUGUGCUGCUGACAAACCUGAUCAGGGGGAAUCUGCUUCCCUCUGCUCGCCUCUGGAUAACCACACGACCUGCAGCAGCCAAUCAGAUCCCUCCUGACUGUGUGGACAUGGUGACAGAGGUCAGAGGGUUCACCGACCCACAGAAGGAGGAGUACUUCAGGAAGAGAUCCAGAGAUAAGAAGCAGGCCAGCAGCAUCAUCUCCCACAUGAAAACAUCACGAAGCCUCCACAUCAUGUGCCACAUCCCAGUGUUCUGCUGGAUCACUGCUACAGUUCUGGAGGAGCUGCUGAGAAGCAGAGAAGGAGGAGAUCUGCCCAGAACCCUGACUGAGAUGUUCAUCCACCACCUGGUGGUUCAGACCAAAGUCAAGAAGGUCAAAUAUGAUGGAGGAGCUGAGACAGAUCCACACUGGAGUCCAGACAGCAGGAGGAUGAUUCAGUCUCUGGGAAAACUGGCUUUUAAUCAGCUGCAGAGAGGAAACCUGAUCUUCUAUGAGUCCGACCUGACAGAGUGUGGCAUCGAUGUGGAAGCAGCCUCAGUGUACUCAGGAGUGUUCACACAGGUCUUUAAAGAGGAGAGAGGGCUGUACCAGGACAAGGUGUUCUGCUUCGUCCAUCUGAGUGUUCAGGAGUUUCUGGCUGCUCUUCAUGUCCAUCAGAUCUUCAUCAACUCUGGAAUCAACCUGCUGGAAGAAGAACAAACUGCUUCCAAGAAGCUGAAAGUGUUUCAAAAGAAACCUAAACUCCACCUUCUCCACCAGAGAGCUGUGGACGAGGCCUUACAGAGUCCAAACGGACACCUGGACUUGUUCCUGCGCUUCCUCCUGGGUCUGUCACUGCUGACCAAUCAGAAUCUCCUACGAGGCCUGCUGACAGAGACAGGAAGAAGCUCACAGACCAAUCAGAAAACAGUGGAGUACAUCAAGGAGAAGAUCGGUGAGGAUCAGUCUGUAGAGAGAAGCAUCAAUCUGUUCCACUGUCUGAAUGAACUGAAGGAUGUUUCUCUAGUGGAGGAGAUCCAACAGUCCCUGAGAUCAGGACGUCUGUCCACAGAUGAACUGUCUCCUGCUCAGUGGUCAGCUCUGGGCUUCAUCUUACUGUCAUCAGAAGAACAUCUGGAGGAGUUUGACCUGAAGAAGUUCUCAGCUUCAGAGGAGGCUCUUCUGAAGCUGCUGCCAGUGGUCAAAGCCUCCAAGAAAGCUGUACUGAACGCCUGUAACCUGUCAGAGAGAAGCUGUAAAGAUCUGAACUCAGUCCUCAGCUCUGAGUCCUCCAGUCUGAAACAUCUGGACCUGAGCUACAAUGACCUGAAGGAUUCAGGAGUGAAGCUUCUUUCUGAUGGACUGAAGAGUCCAAACUGUGAUCUGGAAACUCUCAGACUGAACAGCUGUAACCUGUCAGAGAGAAGCUGUAAAGAUCUGAACUCAGUCCUCAGCUCUGAGUCCUCCAGUCUGAAACAUCUGGACCUGAGUAACAACGACCUGAAGGAUUCAGGAGUGAAGCUUCUUUCUGAUGGACUGAAGAGUCCAAACUGUGAACUGGAAACUCUCAGUCUGUCAGGUUGUCUGGUCUCAGAGGAAGGAUGUUCUUCUCUGGUCUCAGCUCUGUUAUUAAACCCCAACCAUCUCAGAGAGCUGGACCUGAGCUACAACCAUCCAGGAAAGUCAGGAAAGAAGCUGCUGUCAACUCUACAACAAGAUCCAGACUGCAGACUGGAAACUCUCAGGUUGGAUCAUGGAGGAGCUCACAGACUGAAACCUGAUCUGAACAAAUAUUCCUGUGAACUCACAGUCGACAUGAACACAGUCAACAGAAACCUCAGACUGUCUGACAACAACAGGAAGGUGACACGUGUGAAAGAGGAUCAGUCGUAUCCUGAUCAUCCAGACAGGUUUGAGUCUUGGCCUCAGUUGCUGUGUAGAACUGGUCUGACUGGUCGCUGUUACUGGGAGGUCCAAUGGAGUGGAGCGGUUCAAAUAUCAGUGAGUUACAGAGGAACCGGAAGGAAAGGAAACAGUGGAGGUAGUCUGUUUGGAUUCAAUGAUCAGUCCUGGAGUCUGAUCUGCUCUGAUGAUGGUUACUCUGUCAGACACAAGAACACAAAAACAUCCAUCAGAUCCUCCUCAGUCUCUGACGAAGUAGGGGUUUAUGUGGACGUUCCUGCUGGAGUCCUGUCCUUCUACAGUGUCUCCUCUGGUUCUCUGAUCCACCUCCACACCUUUAGCACCACCUUCACUGAACCUCUGUAUCCUGGGUUUAGACUCUCCUCAGGAUCCUCAGUGUUUCUGUGUGAUCUGUAGGUCUGAGAGUUUCAGAGAACAGAAACUCUGCUGAGUGAAGAUCAGCUGCUGGUUCUGUUCACCUUCAUCCAAGAGUCUUCCUCAUUUCUACCUAACUGGUGAGGAGUCUCAGGUUAUUAUUCUCAAAGUAAAAACAUCUGACUUAAGGUCCUUUAGUGACCCACAACUCACUUGAUGGAGGUGUUAAUGGAGCUGAAACUGCCUGGUGAGGGAUGUCAGGAUGCAUUCUAAGUACCUGAUAAGUGGUGUCUUCAGGAAGCACAAGGAAAAGUCAAGUUUCAUUCAUCUGAAGCACUCGAGGUCAUUAGUUAUUCUAUGAACCUGUUUCUACUGAACUUUGUGCAUAAAAACUGUCGGAUGGAAACUGAGAAAUUGACAUCAGCUAUUGUGUAAAAUGAGUGUCUAUGUGAAUGAAUCAUUAUUCUUAUAAAU